AUUCAACGUGACCAUCAGAUGAACGUAUCCGUAAAAUAUAUUAUCGUCAAGACAAACAUCAAUCCAUCCAUCCGCGACUGUGUGAUGUUUUCGACGGACCGAUCGCCAAGUGAUCACUCUUCCGCACAUGUCGAUGUGCGGACGGAAAGUGACCACCCGCCGCACCGCCCGGCCGCGCACAUCUCACAGCCUCAUCAAACAACCAUACUGUCAACCAACCACCGAAUCGAUACACACCACCCCCUCGCUCAUUGUAUGCUGUACAGGUACCUCACACACUCAAUUCUCCAUUCACAGUUUGCCGUGCAGCAGCUUGCGCGUAGCGAUGAGUCGCAGCAUCGGCCACUCGUGCCUCAGGAAGCCCACCCCAUAGGCAUCCAGCAGCCGCCGCUUGUAUGAAUCUAUCACACCCGGCAGUCGCGACUGCUGCAGGUCGGGAGGCAAACCAGACAACACACUCGCCUGCACACAGACAGACAGCCAGACACAUAGACAGACAUAGCACACACACACAACUCCGUCAGCUCAUGUGCGUACCUGCCGUUGGAGCCAUUCUUUGACGGCCAUCUGUUUCUUCUCCUCCUGGCUGCCCGCAGCGUCGAUGGGCAUCGGGCCGUACGAGUUCUUGAUGGUCUUGGGCGCUUUGGUGUCGCGGCCGCGACGCUUGAUGUGAGGCGGAAACUGCUGAAGGUUCUGCGUGCCUGAUCCGGCUCGGCUGAAGGGAGGAGGGGCGGGAACGGGCAGAUGGAAGAGGGGCAGGCAAGAGCGAAGAGCUGGAACGGGCCGCCGUGAGCAGAGAAGCUCCAUUCUUUCAGAUCUCGUGCAGUUCAGGCCAGCUGACGCCUGCAAGACUGCUAAAAGGCCCAGAAACGUACAGAAACGUGCUGGGAAGAUG